AUGUCAGAUGAAAAUAGAUUAAAGCUACAUCCAGACAAAUGUAAAGAAUUGAGAAUUUCUUUUAGUAAGGACCCAGUUGUUCUAGAUCAAGUCAUACUUAAUGGUAAAGAAGUCGAAAUAGUCGAAAGUGCUAAAUUAUUGGGAGUAACAAUAAGUAACAAUCUAACUUGGCAUGCCCAUAUAAAAGAGGUCGUCAAAAAAGCCAGUAAAAGACUAUAUUAUCUGGUUCAAUUAAAAAGAGCUAGGUUACCAGUUAAAGAUCUUGUGUUAUUCCAUACGUCUUGCGUUAGAUCUGUCAUGGAUUACGCAGUACCAGUCUAUUAUCACUCCCUUCCACAAUACUUAAAGAACGAAUUGUUUCGACUGGAAAAAAGGGCUAUUUCAAUAAUAAAUCCGGGAAUGGACUACUCUGCAACGGGAGAAAUUUUGAACAUCAAACCAAUAGAAGAAUACCACAAUUUCUUAUGCAAAAACUUGUUUGAUAAUGUUGCAAAGGAUCCAAACCACAAACUUUAUGACCUUCUCCCACAGAAACAUAACUGGCACCACGAUCUCAGAAAUGGUCAUGAAUUUGAAAUUUCUCAUUUUAAUACUAAUCGUACUAAAAACUCUUUUAUAUUUGCGAUGGCAUCGAAGAUGUCUUCGUAA